AUGCUGAGUGGGCAUAUUGUUAUUCCAGGAGAGAAUUUGAUGGCGCAGGAAACAAUUUUUGGAUGGAUUAUCUUGGGAAAAGUGGGAAAAACUCAAAGCAACUCGAAUCGCGUUUAUACUCACUUCACUCGUUGCGAGGAGUUCGAAGUUCAGAAGUUGUGGGAAUUAGAAGAAAUUCCAAACAAAAAAAUACUCUCCCCUUCAGAACAGGCAUGUGAAAACCAUUUUCACUCCACAUUUACACGUAAUGAUGAGGGUAGGUUUAUCGUAAGGUUACCUUUUCACAAUGAUAAUCUAAAAUUGGGUUCAUCUCGUGAAGUCGCAGAAAAGAGGUUGAUUCAAAAUGAGAAGAGUUUUGUCAAAAAACCCGAAAAAAUGAAAUUAUACAGAGAAUUCAUGCUCGAAUAUGAAAUGUUAGGUCACAUGGAACUGUGUUCAGAAAAUGAUAAUUCAGGAGAACAUUUCUAUCUUCCGCAUCAUGCUGUUAUGAAAUCAUCUCAGUCUUCUUCUAAGUUUCGCGUUGUCUUCGAUGCGUCUGCUAAAUCGUCAAGUGGAGCAUCUCUCAACGACAAGCUUAUGGUAGGUCCAACUUUACAGGACGACAUAGCAACCCUAUUAUUGAGAUUUCGCAAACAUAGAAUCGCUAUGACAAGUGACAUUGUUAAAAUGUAUAGGCAAAUUUUGAUUCAACCGGACGACACACAAUACCAAAAAAUACUCUGGAGACAAUCGUCAGACGAGGAAGUUAAGGAAUUCCGCUUGCUGACAGUCACAUAUGGCACAGCUUCAGCUCCAUAUUUGGCCACGAAAUGUCUGCAACAACUUGCAGUAGAAGAAAGUGAGAAAUUUCCGCACGCGUCUCAAGUAGUUAAAUCAGAUUUUUAUGUAGACGAUCUCAUGACUGGAGCCGAAUCCGUUGAAGAAGCAAUUCAACUGCAACAAGAAAUAAUUGAAAUGUUGAAGCGUGGAGGAUUUGAAAUCAAAAAAUGGUCAUCGAAUGAAGAAUUGGUACUUGAAAAUAUUCCCCCAGAAAGUCGUGCAACAUCUUUGCCUCUGGAAAUUAGAGAUGAUGUUAAGACCCUUGGAGUUCUGUGGAACCCAGCAACAGACACUUUUUCUUUUAGGUGGAACUUACCUCCUGUGUCAGAAUUUUGCAGCAAACGUAUCGUGCUAUCCUUCAUAUCUACAAUUUUCGAUCCUUCUGGAUGGAUUUCUCCCGUUGUUCUUAAAUUCAAGUUGCUUAUUCAACACCUCUGGAAAUUGAAGCUCAGCUGGGACGAAAAUCUUCCACCAGAUUUACAGCUAGAAUGGAAAUCUCUAGUCGAAGACUUAUCUCAACUAAAAGAAAUUAAAGUACCCAGGUACAUUCUUCAACCUUACAGCAACAUCAUAGAACUUCACGGAUUUUGUGAUGCCUCCGAAAAAGCAUACGCGGCUGCAGUAUACAUACGAACGAUUUCGAUGAAUGGCAACAUUAAUGUGCAACUGGUUACUAGCAAGACCAGAGUAUCACCUAUAAAAUUUGUUUCUCUUCCUCGACUUGAACUUUGUGCUGCUCCUCACAUGGGAGGCAUUUGGGAAGCGGGCAUCAAAUCUGUGAAAUUCCAUCUUAAGCGCAUCAUAUCAAACGUGAUAUUAACUUACGAAGAGUUAUACACGAUCAUAGUGCAAGUUGAAGCCUGUCUCAACUCUCGUCCUCUCUCACCUCUGUCCAGUGAUCCAAAUGACCUUUCAGUGCUCACACCAGGACACUUUCUUAUUGGUGGUCCACUAAACGCUGUUCCAGAAACAGAUUUUACAUCUUCUAAACUCAACCAUCUGACACGCUGGCAGCUGACGCAACUAACACUUAAAUAUUUCAUGUUGAAACAGCAGUGUUUCAAGGUGGGCGGAAUGUUCGAGUAUACCAUUUGGGAUAAUCCAUAG